AUGGUGGCUGACUGUGCGCCGAACUUUCAGAAGAGCAGGCCGGCCGCCGACGCCGCGCCGAUUGCUGAGGAGGGUGGCGCACAAAAAGCGGAGACUGAGAACAGUCUGAAACGGAUCAAGAGCCGCGAGCUGCGCGGCGGCAUCAUGUAUUACAGCUGCCAUUGCAUCAAGCGCAACGGUCUUCAGCACGAUUGCCGCCGCACUGGGUGCGGGGGAGAACCGCCAUGUCUAGUACUGCCGGACCCGCUGUGCGCGCCCAGCCAGUUGGCGCGUGCGCGGGGCCUCGCCGAUCCCGCCCCAUUGGCGAAGCACGUCAGCGGUGUGUCGGGGAAGGAUGAAGGUGGCGCAGCCAAGGGCGGUAAACGGUUUAUCGUCUGCGAACUGAAGAGCAUUGCACCGCAUCCGUCCGAUACAAGCGCUGCAAAAUGCUGUUGUUCUAGAGACGCUAAGGAUACCCAUCGUUCUGCGGAAGCUAAUGAUCCAACUGCCGGGCUGCCAAUAGUUGUCAUGAAAUUGUGU